AGCGUCACCUCCACCAGAUGUCGUCCUGCUCCUCCUGACAUCAGCCUGAGGCCAGCACAUUCCUGGAUCCUCCCUCUCCUCCCCUCUCCUCUGCUCUCCUCUCCUCUGGGGUUUUACCUGAUGAUGCACAGUGCAGGCAUACAGCUCCUCGGCUUCACGCUGGCCUUCCUGGGCGUCAUUGGCUCCAUUGCAUCCACGGUCAUGGUGGAAUGGAAGGCUUCGUCUUACGCGGGAGACAACAUCAUCACAGCUCAGGCGAUGUAUGAGGGGCUGUGGAAGUCCUGUGUAUCCCAGAGCACUGGUCAGAUUCAGUGUAAAGUGUAUGAUUCCCUCCUCCAGCUGCCAGGGAUUGUGCUGGGCACACGAGGGCUGAUGCUGUGCGCCAUCUUGCUGGGCAUCAUCUCUAUGAUGGUGGAGAUGGUGGGCAUGAGGUGCACCACCUGUAUGUCAGAAGCACCGGCGCAAAAGGACAAAGUGGCUCUCGCUGGAGGUGUUAUCUUCAUUAUUGCAGGUCUGCUCGCUCUGGCGGGAACAUCUUGGUAUGGCCACAGAAUAGCGAAGGAUUUUUACAACCCAUUCACACCCACUAACUCCAGGUAUGAAUUCGGCAGUGCUCUGUAUGUUGGAUGGGGAGCUGCCAGUCUCAUCAUUAUAGGCGGGAGCUUCCUCUGCUGCAACUGCUCCACCGGCGGCUCAGGGAAACAGCCACGCUACCCAGCGUCCCGCUCUGCAGGCCCGCAGGGCAAGGAUUACGUCUAGGACAGUCACUCCCCACGUGGGAGGCCACUCAGCUCUCAGAUCUGUUCGAUGCAACAUGUAUAUCUGCAGGUGUUAUAUUUGGUGUGUGUUUAUAUUUAUCGGGAAAUACACCCCAUUCUUUUACAGGCCACAAUAAAAAAAAAAGGUUAGGGAUCCCUCAAAUAGGAUGUUAAAGAGAUGUACUAGAUCGAGAUACAUUAAUUAAAUAAAUAACACAUCGAAUGAAAAGUUAAUUUAAAUGCUAAGAAUGUUGUAAAACUUGACUUCACUCAGAAUAUGUUCAGAACAUCACAGGAGAUUUCUUUCUACGACAUAAUCUUCGGAUCAAAUCUUUUAUCAUUUCAUAUAAAUCGGCUCAGGGUGUUACUGUUUGACUUUUUUUUGUGUGGAAUCUAGCUAUUAUUCUUUUGUUUCAUGUAAAAUUAAA